AUGAAAGAUAGCGCAUUUCGACUACAUUCUUUUAUUGUAUUAACAGCAUACAACACGCUGACAGGCAAUGCUGUAUGGUCAUCGAUGGGUGAGACUGUGGCCGGAAAUGGAUCAGCUACUACAGUAUCAUUGAAUCAACCGGGACCCAUUGUUUUUGAUGUCAACAAUAAUCUAUAUGUGAAUGAUUAUGGUAACCAGCGCGUCAUUUUCUAUCCAAGUAAUGGAGCUACGCCAACCGUCAUCGCUGGCAAUGGGAUAGUAGGAUCGGGGAUGAAUCAAGUAAAUUCACCAAACGGUAUAUAUGUGGAUAAUAAUGGAACUCUAUAUAUAGCAGACACAAAGAACCAUCGAAUUCAAAAAUGGCUCCCAGGAGCGUCGAGUGGAACCACAGUGGCUGGAUUAACAGGCAGCAGUGGUUCAAAUUUAAAUCAAUUGAACAAACCCCAAAGCGUCGUAGUCGAUUCUAUUGGCAAUAUGUACAUUGCUGAUAGCCACAACUAUCGUGUUCUCAAAUGGCCCGUAGGUGCAUCGCAAGGCAUUGUAGUUGCUGGUAAUGGAGUUAUUGGCACAUCUUUGAACAAUAUCGGUAUUGCAUAUGAUGCGAAAGUUGACUCGAGUGGUAAUAUCUAUGUACCAGAUCGCAAUAACGGACGCGUCCUCAAGUGGACUCCACCAUCAUUAUCAGGUAUCUUAGUCGCCGGACAAAUUAGUAGUUCUGGAUCAAAUGCAGAUCAAUUAAAUCAACCCUCACAUGUUAUCUUCGAUUCGGUUGGAAAUAUUUAUGUAUGCGAUGCCGCUAACAAUAGAAUUCAGCGAUGGGUCAAUGGAUCAUCUAUGGGUUCCACAGUUGUCGGCACUGGAAUAGCUGGUCUAGACUCCAAUCAAUUAAACACUCCAUUUGGUAUCGCUUUUGAUUCGUUCAACAAUUUGUAUGUUGCGGAUGCUAACAAUAAUCGCAUCCAACGAUUUAAUUUAACACAUGCUUGA